AUGAACUUGGCUUCUUCACCAAAAAGUGCUAAACCUGCAAUGGCUGCGUUUCCUCGGUCACUUACUUCAAUUGCAGCAUCAAUGGGAGGCCUUGCAGUGUUCUUGGUUAUUGCUUCUUUGCUUUUGGUUUCAUACCCUAUAGGUUCCACGGUUCGUGGAUACUUUUACGCGAUAGAUGGCUCUAGAAAAGUGGAUUUACCCAUUUUUGAAGGCAAUCAAAGCUCCAUUGAUCAGCGCCAUGAUAAUAAUACAGAUGUGGUUGAUAAGGUUUCUUCAUCUGGGUCUGAUUUAGAACUGCCCAUUAGUUUUGGUGGUGUUAAUAAUAACAGUGUAAAUGUCGUUGAUAGUCAAUCUGGGUCUAAUUUACAAGAAUCCACUAAUGGUACAAGAAAAGAAGACCAGACCAUUUCCAAGGGCGGUUCAGUUACUUUAAGUGUCAAAGAGAAUGGCGUACAUAAAGGAUCAGAAGAGAGUAGCUCAGAUGCUGCUUCUGCAGAUUCUAAAUCAGGGAUCAAGUCAGAUAUAUCUGCUGUGCCCAGCAGCAAUGCAUCCAGAACUGGUUCCGAUGAUUCAGGAUGUGAUUUGUACCAAGGAAGUUGGUUUUACGAUUCACUGGGACCAUUAUACACAAACAACACAUGCCCUGUUCUGACACAGAUGCAGAAUUGCCAGGGAAACGGAAGGCCUGACAGGGAAUAUGAGAAUUGGCGGUGGAAACCUUCUCAGUGUAACCUCCCUAGAUUUGAUGCCAAGAAGUUUCUGGAAUUAAUGAGAGGAAAAACAAUAGCUUUUAUUGGUGACUCUGUUGCCCGAAACCAGAUGGAAUCGAUGUUGUGCCUUCUCUGGCAGGCAGAAGCUCCCAAAAACCGAGGAAAUAAAAAAAUGCAACGAUAUUUCUUUAGGUCUACAUCUACCAUGGUUGUCCGGAUAUGGUCCUCUUGGCUUGUUCACCAAACAUCACAACCUACUGACUUUGCUCCAGAGAGUGUUGUCAAACUUCACCUUGAUGCCCCGGACGAGCAUUUCAUGGAAUUCAUCCCAAAUUUUGAUGUGAUUGUUCUCUCUUCUGGACACUGGUUUGCCAAGCAGUCAGUCUAUGUCCUAAACAAUGAAGUUGUAGGAGGACAGUUGUGGUGGCCAGACAAGUCUCGUCCAAUGAAGAUUAACAAUAUUGAAGCAUUUGGGAUAUCUGUUGAGACAAUUCUCACAUCUAUUGCCACACAUCCAAAUUACACUGGGCUAACCAUUCUCCGCUCGUAUUCACCUGAUCAUUAUGAGGGUGGGGCAUGGAAUACUGGUGGAUCAUGCACUGGGAAGGAAAAGCCUCUCGCACCAGGUGAAUUAGUGGAAAAUGGCUUUACUGAAAUAAUGCACAAGAAACAGAUAGCAGGUUUUGAUCGUGCAAUUAAGAAGGUGACCAAUAAAUCGAAGUUGAGGUUGAUGGACAUCACCGAAUCCUUUGGCUAUCGCCACGAUGGACAUCCAGGUCCAUACCGAAGCCCUGACCCUAAUAAACUCACAAAACGCAGUCCAGAUGGAAGGCCACCUCCGCAGGAUUGCUUGCACUGGUGCAUGCCUGGUCCAGUUGAUACCUGGAACGAACUUGUGCUUGAAACCAUUAGAAGAGAAUUUGAGGCCAACCAAAGCUCUUCAGUAUGA